AUGAUUUGCGGUAUAAAUGACAUAAAAACGCGCUCAACAUAUGCUAUUACGCUUGGAGAUGAUGAAAAUACCACAAGUAGUAUGAAUGCAAUGACAACAACGAGUGAUACUGAUUCAACAACUCUUGGAAUUGUUACGGCUCCCAGCAGCUCUACAUAUAUAGGAAGCGCACAAAAUGAUGACAGUGAAACCAGCACCGGUAGUGGUUUGAAAAGUUCUAAUGAGGAAAUUAAGUCGGAACCAACACCAGAACUUUCGUCAAGUCUACCCACUGAAAGUGAAUCUGAAGAUUCAAAAGAAUUGAAAGACUCUGGUAGAGGCAGUAAUAAAACACAGAGCGUAAUAGAUGACCACAAACCAUCAACAUCUACAGAAUUUCCAGAGUCACAUUCAGAAACAAAGCCAUUAUCAUCUGAAUCUGUUGGUAACAAAAAUUCAGAUGAUAAUGAAUCCAAAAGAGAUAUCGACAAGGGAAUUGUUAAUAAUCCGUUGAAUAAAGAUUCGGUAGAAGCCCCAAAGUCACAAACGGUAGAUGAUGUAGAAGUUAUAGAAGCUCCCGCCGAACUGAUGAAUCUUAUUUUAGGAGAUAAUGUGUCUUUAGUAGGAAAACCUGAAUUAGUACUAUCUCUGCAGAUAGAGACCCUUAACAUGGGCGACAAAAUCACAAAGCCUGUACGCAUUGAUGUUGUGGAAUCAGAUGAGAUUAAAGGCCCGUACUAUAGAAUUGCAUUACAAAACAAUGGAAAUUUAACCCAUGGAUCAUUCCUUGUCCAAAAACAUUCCGCGGAUCAAGUUAUGAGAAAUGAUGCUAUUGAGGAGGAAAAGGUUCCUUUAAACCCAUUAAUAAGACCGAAAUUGAGAAGACAUAACCCGAUAGGUUCAAAUGAAGACCAAGAAUCGGAGGACUCUUUGGAGAUUCCUACAGAAGAUCUCAAUCAUGAAAUACCGGAAUAUGGCCCCGAUACAACAGAUGAAUGUGUUGCAGAUUCGAACAUAGGGGUAACUAUGGAAUCUUGCGUUAUAGAUGAGUCUAUGUCAUCCAUAGGGUGCCCAUUGACCUUUAGGGCCUUCAGAAUGGUCUUAUGUGAUUCUAUAUCCCAUGGAGUUGGUCAGAUAGACUGUAGCUCGGACGAAAUUCUUUAA